GUGUACCAACUGCGUCAGUGUGCCAACCACUUCAUGUCUGUGUACGAGAGUCACAAACAACACCUCCGAAAACUACUGAGUCUGGCUGACCUUAGUACAGACGACCUCAAACAGUUUUCUGGAGUAGAAGAGAAGCUCACAUCUCAUCAGAGACAGAAACUUGCUAAAACUCGCUUCACCAAAAUCGUGCAAUACAGGGAGGAACAACUGCAGUACUUUGCUUACAUAUUGGAGAACUGUCUGUUUAUGUUGUGGCGCCACCUAGAGUAUUAUCUCAUUCACUGCGUUCCUGUCAAUCAGCAGACAUCUACGUACCCGAGUCAGAAUCGCAGACACACUCAACUCAGGAGGCUUCAAGAUUUGACAGGAAUUUCCCACUCAUCAUUUGGAGAAUCUGAUGCAGACUCUUUACCAGACAUAGACAGACAGCUUUUGAUGGGGGUGACUAGUGACGAUAUAGAGACACUGAAGCAGACAGCAAACUCUGCCAUACAUGACUCAAUCCUCAAAAAGAUACAAAAGAUUGACCAGGAAUACUGUAAGUCCAGGACCCACUACAGCUUUGUGGAGGCCCUCAUAAGGAGAGUAAGAAGACUAUUGAGGCUCAACACGGGGAGCUGAUAAGUUAUAAAAACAGACACAGCUGCCUCACUAUAGUGAAAUGAUUGUUGUCUAUAAAAUUUGAUACAACUUAUUAAUAUUUAGUUCUAAUGACAGUGGACUUAUUUAGCUGACAUCCCAUGGAACUUGACGCAUUAAUAUCUGUUGAAAUCAUUUUUGACCAUGUAUUAAAGAUGUAUGUGAAAUAAAAUGAAAACA